AGCAGUUGUUUUUAAAAACGUCUCGUAAAUAAAUAAAGCCUCACAAACCGUUCCUGGGCACUUUAAUGAUGUUUUUUGAACGAUAAAGUGAAUUUAAAAGUGGUGAAAAUAAUAGAAUCUCGAAUAAUGGAAACCGAAAUUCAUAUGCCCGCGAAAUCCGAGAAGACACCGCGGCGCAAGAAAACUUUUUCCGAGCAGCUGAAUGGCGCAAUGGAUUUCGGGUCACCGAAACGUCAAAAAACCGACGAUUUAGAAGUCACUGGGAUAUCCCGAAGUGGUCGAGUGCGAAAAAAAUCCUCGAAGCUUAUGGACUUUGAGUCCCCUGAUGACCUGGACAACAAGUACAAGAGGCAGAAAGCUCAGCAGCUUCAGGCUCAGCAAUUACUCGAUAGAUUCGAACAGCAGCAGCAAAUAUCGCAGCAGCAGCAGCAGAGUCCCGGUCUUCAAGGAAAUGAAGCUCGGCCGAGGAAAAAUUCGCAUGGACCUUCGAGCAGGGGCAAGGGCGAAUCUCUCUCGGAUAAUGAAGGUCAUUCUUCAGGAUCCGAUUCAGAAGAUGGCGUCGGGAUAAACGAUGAGGAACGAUACAGCAUGGAAUCGGCGACCGAUGACGAUGUGGAUCCUCUGAUGAUUGAUGACAGGGAAACGGGUUUCAGGAGAUUGGAACCUCCGGGUCAGGAAACUCCCUCCCAGGCCAAUAGUUUGUACAUGCUUGAAAAGUGCAAAAAGAAACUUAUUAUCAAGGAUGGCAAAAUUAUCGGAAGGAUGAAGGCACAGAGGAAAGACAAGGGCAAAACUAGAUUCACUGCUUACAUGCUAUGGGCUAAGGAAAUCAGACAGGAAUUGUUAGAACAAUGUCCCUACAUGGAUUUUGCUGCUAUUUCGAAACGACUUGGAGAAUUGUGGGCGACCGUUCCGAACCUGGAGAAGUACAAUUGGCGACGACGCGCGAAACGACUAGCUGCAAAGCCAAACUCAACGCCUACAAGUAAGGAUGAAGCCACUUGGAAAAUGCCACCACCAGCAUCGCGCAAGAAAUUCAUUAACAAAAAUGCCGUUAAAGAAACAAAGCCUUCUUCCUCGAAGAAGACGAUUCAACUUGGUGUUCCUUCAGUGAUUGGGAAUCUGUCUCUAUCUCCGACGUCGAAUCGAGGUGGCAAGGAUUUGGUAAAUGAGCCGGUGAUUGGAACCGGAAUGUACAAAGUGGUGGGAACGCAACCAGUCGACGUGGCUGCUCACUUGAAACUGCUCGGUGAGAGUUUAACGAUAAUUGGCGAGCGACUCAAGGAGCAUGAGGGCCAGAUCGCGGUUUCGGGCAGUCUUUCAGUUCUUUUGGACUCGCUGCUCUGCGCCCUCGGGCCUCUGAUUUGCCUGACCCAGCAGGUACCUGGUGCAGACGGAGCGCAGCCAGAAGUACUUUCGGAAAUGCUGGACAAUGUAGCUUACAUUAUGCCCGGCCUCUAACGAAUGUUCCACAAAAUGUACAAAUAUUUUCGAUAACUCUGGUUAUAUUGCAGUAAAGUAAACCGACCAUUACUGGGACAGUAAUUUUCGAUUAGAACAAAAAAUACUUUAUUAAGUGGGACACAAAAUCAGCUAAUGCUGGGACAAGGAAAAUCCCAUGGGAUUUAUCAAAAUAAAAUAAUACAAUUUACUUACAAGUGUAGAAUACAUUAGAAAGCAAAAAUAAAUUGUUAUUGAGAAUGGUUAAGCUGCGAUGCGCCACCUGGUGACAAAAAUUC